CUCGGGGACCGUGAGCCCGGGGGUGGGGACAGUUCCACGGGGAGAGACAGACAGGACACGCCUCAGCCUGGGCAAACACCCGGCCUCUUCUGGCCUCACGCCAGCGAGCCGCCGCCCGCCACCUCGCCGGCUCCGCCAUCGUCAGGGCCUGCAGCUUGGCAGCGCCGAGGCGCGGUCCCCCCGGGCUCCCAGCACUGGCGGCGCGGCCAGGACCGGACGGAUGUGGCGCAUGCGUGGUGGCGCCACGCGACGCGGGAGCUGCGGCGGCGGCGGCGGCGGCGGCGGCGGCCGAGGCGUCGGGGCCGGCCGCGGGCCAGGCCCCCAGAGCCGGGCUCGCGAGGGCGGCGGCGGCGGCGUGGGCUGGCGAGGCCGCGCGGGGGGCUCCCGCCAGCAGCUGGAGGAGCGCUUCGCCGACCUGGCGGCCAGCCACCUGGAGGCCAUCCGCGCGCGGGACGAGCGGGACCGGCAGAACGCGCGGCUGCGCGAAGAGAACGCCCGGCUGCGGCUGGAGAACCGCAGGCUGAAGCGCGAGAACCGCAGCCUCUUCCGUCAGGCGCUACGGCUCCCCGGCGAGGCUGGCGACUGCCUGCCCGCCGAGGCGCCGGCAGGCCCGGAGGACGCGGGCGCGAACCGGAGGUCGAGGGGCUGCGGCGGCGGCCAGGACGAGGAGCCCGGCAGCCCCAGGGCCUUGAGGGCGCGGCUCGAGAAGCUGGAGGCCAUGUACCGCCGGGCCCUGCUGCAGCUACACGUCCAGCAGCAGGCGCGGCCCCCGCGCGGGGACCAGGACCAGCCGCCUCCGCGGGAACCCGAGGCCCACCUCCAUGCUGGGGACCCAGAACCCGCCGGGCCUGGGCUGUAGCCCGGGAGCGCGUCGUGGGGGCGUGGCCUGGGGGCGGGGCGCGAGCAGGCCCCGCCUCCUGCGCGCAGAACCUGGCCGCCCUCAGCCUAGGAAAAUCAGAGCGUUGUGUCCGCCCCGCCCACUGGCCUUCGGGCCCCGCCCACCGACGCUUCCUGGUGCAUCUUCACUUCUGGAGCACCCGAGCAUGUGGUGCUGUACAGUCCAGAGGCUCUCAUGAUGCCAGGGUGGGUUUCACAACGGGAAGAACUGGCUCCCUGUGGGCACUUCCUCAGUUUUCAACUUUUCUAAGUGUUGUGAGGACCGCUUUAUCUUCGUUUUCUCUAGUUUUGACUCUUUGAGAAGUGAGUUGCUCCCAUGUAUUGAACGUUCUGAAGUUCCUCCAGUUAUCUCCUAUGUGGCAUGGCGGACAUUUUGCAUAUUUGUUUUUUAUAGAUUGGUAUUAAUUGGAUGUCCAAUGAAGUAUCUGUCUUUCUUUUACAAAGAUCAUUUAUAACUUAUGAUGACCCAUAACUCCAGUGCACACCCUAUACAUACACACUGAUUGGUCAAUGGAUAAUUUUUAAUGAUUCUGCUUAUAUGUCAUUAUUUUGAACGGGUGAAUAAAAUCUGGUGCGUCAAAAGUAA